AUGGAAAAUUCAAGCUCCUGCUCUGACUCUCCUAUUUCAGAAGUAGAAUAUUCAAGUGACUCUAGCGAAACGUCAGUAACAGGAUGUUACAUGAAUGAGCCUGAAUACUCCAAAGCAGAACUUGAAAAAGUGACUUAUAAAUCUAGUGAUAGCGAAGAAGAAGACGAAUUGAAUUCAAGCAGACUUGAAAAUUUGCAUUGGUGUACUUGUACAUGUUGCGUUAUUUAUAAUUGCUUCACUCUUGUGGAAUGCAAGUGUUGCCAAGAAUUUUUCAAUUUAUUGAACGACAAGUUGAAUGAUAACAAGUGCAUCACGAUGCACAAGGAUUUUGAAAUUUUAUGUUUGAACCGCACAGUGUUAGAGACAGCCAGCAUACAACAUCGACGAUAUCAGAAAAAAUAUAAAGAACUCUCCACAUAUACUAAUAAGGAAAUGAGGUACACCAGUUACCGACAGUACACGGCCUGGGUACAUUAUUAUGAAAGGCUUGGAAAAGGAUGUCGCGUGGUGAUUCCAGCUUGUGUUGUGCGGAAAAUAAGGGAAGAAUUUCCUGAUUCAGAUGGAAAUUAUACUGGAUUCAAAGAAUUUGUUAACAUAUAA